AUGCUUGUUACGGACGGUCACGACGAAAAUGAGCCUUCCCCAACGAGCUCUGCCGAGCUGCUUAGCGGUCUCCAAACCCGUGCCAGAGCCUUGCUACAGGAAUUCCAGCUAUAUCAGGCCCACCUCAAAGCGCAAGGAAAACAACAGCAAGUAGAGAUAAGAGGGUUCAAACGAGGAAUCGAAUCGGAGAUAAAGAUCUUGGAAAAGAUAGCACACGGGUUUACCACUUCCGACGGCAACUCUCAGAUCAUUGUCGAAAAACCAAUCCCGCAAGAUGAGGAACGUCCACAACUGCACGCGCUGAGAAGCUCCAAUCUACCCUUUUAUGAAGCUGUUUGGAAUACGGCAAAAUCAUGCCGUCACAUUACCGCAAUGGGCAAGAAAAUGUACUUUGGAGGAAAGGACAGCGCUGCAUGUGGAAAAAUUCGGGAGGAGAAAUUGGUAAGCCGAGCAGACGUUUCGAGGAAUGUGCGGAAAAGAGAGACUUUAGUGGACAUCAUCGCUGGCAAUGGAUUGCAAUGGAUCAAAAUCUCGACUUUGACGGAGAAACGGCUGAUGUUCGAGAUAGCCAAGGAAGGCUGGGAACACUAUGGCGAUUUUGGGGAAGAUAGCGAUAUGGAAGACGGACAUGUCUCUGAGGCCGAUCGGGAUGGCAAGAGGACAAGUAAACUUGAACUUGUACGACUUGCUGAAGAUCUGAAGAUCGCGGCGCAGGAAGCCAGAGUCCAGUUUCGGCACCCACAGAUUCGAUUUGUUCUUCCAAAGAUUCGCGAAGGUAUCAUCCCCGAUGUGGAUGCAUUUCUUGCCGAUCUACGCGCAACUGGUGCUGUCGUCGACUGCAAGAUGGAUAUCUGCAAACUCGGUGAGGAUCGGCAGCUUGAUCUUGACAACCUGAUGCCCACUACCCCAACUAUCCCCUUGACCCGCACCAUCAAUGUGGAUUGUACGAUACUGCUGGCAUUGAUCUCUGACAUAUCACAUUUUCCGAGCCACCAACUGCUGUCAACCUCUGUGCACAAAUCUGAGACUUAUCACAAAGCGAUUGUGAAUCAAAUCGAAUCCGAGGUAUCCUCCCCGAUGCUACCUAACGACAUAUAUCCGCGCCUUACCGCACGAGACCUAGAAUGUACCUUACACGCUGCCCAGCGAAUGCGAGAGAUCGUUCACUGUAUGGGAACGACGAGUGAGUUAAGCCGCGCCGAGAUCCUCCUGGGCGAAGGACGAUACAGAGAUCAACCCCCAUCGACCUUGAGGGAGGCCCUUGGUGGACUAUCAAUGCAUGCUGUCCCGUCAGAGAUACGAUUACCAGUCAAAGUGGUUGACUUCGAUGUGCAUACACUCUUUGGCCCCGAGUCUACUUCCGUGACGCCGGAUGUUGAUUUAUGCAAACCGUUUCCUACCUCUGUCGCUGCCCAUGUGAAGGACAGGUUACAGCUGACUCCCAUCAACGCCUCCGUCUUCUUUUAUGGCUGGGCCAGCCAGAUUGUGACACUAACAAGCAAUCGCACCGUGGCAAGCGAGCUUUUCAAGGCCAUCAAUGACAUUCUGGAUUGUGAUGAGAAACAUGGGCAUAAGGGUGACGCGGAGUUCCUCGGACCGCUCAUAUGCUGUGGAACAGCGAGAAGCUUGAUAGGAAAAACCAAGUUCAAGUGA